AGUGAACCUGUUCUAUGAAUCUCUAGCACAAAAUGCAUUACUUUACAUGCACUGACAUCGUUCAUAACGAUAAAAAUUAUCAAAAUAUUCGAAUGUUCAAUUACUGCAUUGUCAUUUUGCAUCUCGUAUAGAAUAAGUUGAAGUGAUAUUUACGUCAAACGUUAUUACACAAGUUACCAUUGAAAUUAUCAUUUAAAAGUAUUGUUUUUUUCACGAAUUAGGUCCAAAAUAGCUUAUAAAGAAACCUUGAUAUUCGUUUUUCACGUAUUGUACAUCGAGUAGUACUCAAAAUGUCGAAUUCGAAAUUAAUCAAACCAUUCGACGAUAUAUGCUGCCGUCAAAAUGAGCUCGUGGAGCAAUCCAACGAAGAGAUUCGUUCAUUUAUCGAAUACGCGAAUCGUCGAAAUCUCGACGACAUUCAAAACAAGAUCACCGAAAUGGAAGAAACCAACGCUCGCAUAAGGAAAGAUUUGGAACAGGCUUUGAAACGUAAAGAGCAACUAGAACAGCAGGUAACCAAAGCGACAUUUUUACUGACGCGAGAAAAAAAGGAAAACAAACGAGCGCAAUUGAUUAGAGAUCGAAUGAGGUUGAAAAUCGAUAACCUCGCCAAUCACGUGAUGGAGUCUCAAGAUAUACCUCAACGUUUGAAAGACGCGGUAUGCGAAAAACUAACCAAUUUCGAUAAAAAUUUGGCGACAGCUCGAGCACAAUCUAGCGAUUCGGAUGUAUCGGCUGUAGCGUUGUCGUUUUCGGAUACCGAUUCGGAUAGCUGGCACUUGUUUCCACCAGGAUCGUCGAAACAUUCGUCGAUGGUAUCCUCGGUACAAUUCAGUUUACGAAGUUCGGCAUCCAGCUCGAGCGAAGGUUCCAAUAAUAGUAUCCUAAUAUUCGGCGAUAUUUGGGACUCGAUUAAAAACCGACCGCACGAUUACAAAUCGAAAAUCGUCGUACUGGGCGAAACGUGCGGAGUGUGCGAUACUCGACUUCAAUGCGGAAAUCAUGCUCAAAAGUGUAUCUCGUGCAAGGCCAUAGUGCACGAAAAAUGUCGAGACCAGUUGCCCAAACCUUGCGUACCGAUGCCGAUCGUCAAACGUAACAUGACCGAUUUGAAAGACUUCUGUCCGACGUCCAAACCGAUGAUACCGGGAAUAGUUUUCCAUUCUAUUUUUUACAUCGAAACCAACGGCUUGAAUCACGUAGGACUUUACGGUAUACAUGUCUACGACGUGAACGUUAAACGUCUGUCUGAAAAAUUCAACAAGGGCAGAGGAGUGCCGAAUUUAAACAAUUUCACCGUACCUGUGGUGGCUGCUUUUCUCAAAGAAUUCUUCUCGGCUUUAAAACCAUCUCUCAUUCCGGCCACACAUUUUCAAAAGCUAGUCAAAUACGUGAAAAUCGAUCGCAAAGAAAAUCCAUUGUACGAUGAUUUAUUGGAUGACUUGUUCCAGCUGCCUAAUCACAAUCGAGACACGUUAGCUUUUCUAAUUCUGCACUUGCAAAAAGUCGCCAAUUCGCCGAGUUGUAAAAUGAACUCGUAUAUGUUGUCGAAAACUUUCACGCCUAUUUUAGUCCAAGAUUUUAACUCGAAAACCUUCUCGGAAGAGAAAAUUCAACGAAAAGUGAUUCAAAGGUUUAUCGAUAUGCCGGAAGAUUUUUGGAAAAGAGUUUUGUUAGCUUCAUACGCUUAAGUUCUUGAUUUUUUUUGUUUUUAGUUUUUUAUUUUCUAUCUUAAGUAUUUUUGAGUCUUUUGAAAAGAUUAAGUUUAGUAUUUUUGUUAUGUACCAAUUUUUUUUCUUUCUAGUUGAAUUCUGUAGAGAACAUUUUUUGUAAAGAACGAAUCGAUUUUCAACUUGUAUUUGUAUCGUUGUAGGCGAGUGCCCUUUUUUUCAAUUUUUUUGUGUUAAUUUUAUAAGUCUGCGAUAUUUUAUUUUAUUAAAUUGUAACCAACUAAAAAUACUAUCCAAUUGUU